AUAUACAAAAAGUUGAAAUUUCUCCGAAUAAAAAAGAUAAUAUUUAUCAAUUUUGAAGCAUGAAGUGUACUACUUUGGUUAUGGUUUCUUUUGUUUUCAUCUUUUUGAUUCUAAGCCAUGUUGAAGAGUCGGAAGCUGGAGCACCUCCCGUAGACUGUUGGACUGAGAUUCUAUUUCCUGGAAAAUGCGGUUUUCAUGGAAAGAAGAAAUGCUACAAAGAAAUGGAAUCUAAGCUAAAACAACGUGUUCUUCAAUGUUCAUGUGAGGAUGUAAAAACAGAUCCCAAAACACCUAAGGACCAACAUUACUGCGGUUGUCAAAGAGAAAAUCCCUAUGAGUGUAAUUUCUAAUCAAUAAUAAAAAUUUUGGUGUACACACAACUUGAAAAUGGUAAGCUAAUGUUUUUUUUUUUCUAAAUAAUAAGUGGUUGUCAUAGAAUUUCUUUUGUAUAACUAAUUUCAGUCAUGUAAGAAUCAAAUUUGUUGCU